AUGGGUAGUAGGGCCUCCAAUUCGCCUUCUUUUUCAAGUAAGGCGGAAACGUUACUGCCAUCGGAGUAUAAAAAGAAUGCGGUUAAGAAGGAAACAAUACGCAAUGGCAAGAAAAGGAAAUUGCCUGAUACAGAAUCCUCAGAUCCUGAGUUUGCAAGUCGGCGUUUGAUAGCUAAUGAAACUGGCACUGAUGCGGUGAGUAAUGGUAACAAAAAUGAUAGCAAUGCCAACAACAACAACAACAACAACAACAAGAAAUCAAGUGAAGUAAUGCACCAGGCGUGCGAUGCUUGCAGGAAGAAGAAGUGGAAAUGUUCCAAGACAGUACCGACUUGCACGAACUGUCUGAAAUACAAUUUAGACUGUGUCUACUCUCCGCAAGUUGUUAGGACUCCGUUGACAAGAGCACAUUUAACAGAGAUGGAAAAUAGGGUUGCAGAGUUGGAACAGUUUUUGAAAGAACUUUUCCCAGUUUGGGAUAUCGAUAGGUUACUUCAGCAAAAAGAUACAUACAGGAUUAGGGAAUUGCUUACUAUGGGUUCUACAAAUACUGUUCCGGGACUUGCAUCGAAUAAUAUCGAUUCAUCGUUAGAACAGCCCGUUGCCUUUGGUACUGCGCAGCCGGCACAAUCUUUGUCAACUGAUCCAGCAGUACAAUCUCAAGCCUAUCCAAUGCAACCGGUACCGAUGACAGAGCUUCAAUCUAUCACCAAUCUUCGACACACGCCAUCACUUCUGGAUGAACAGCAAAUGAACACGAUUUCCACGGCAACGCUGCGGAACAUGUACUCUUCAGGUAACAAUAAUAACAACUUGGGUAACAUCUCUGGUCUAUCACCUGUUACAGAGGCAUUCUUCCGUUGGCAGGAAGGUGAAACGUCAAUCGAUAAUAGUUAUUUUGGAAAAGGUUCAAUUUUGUUUUGGUUGAACCAAUUACUAUCAUCAGAAAAGAUCGCUGGCGUUACAUCAAAAGUAGGCAAUGACAUUAACACUAAUAAUAAUAAUAUAAACCAUCAGAAGCUACCUCUAAUACUAAACAAUAAUAUUACUCAUAAUGUGUCGGACAUAACCACAACAAGUACAUCUUCAAACAAAAGGGCAAUGUCUCCUCUUUCUGCCAAUGACUCUGUAUAUCUCGCUAAAAGAGAGACAAUAUCCGCGUAUAUCGAUGCGUACUUCAAGCACUAUCAUGCGCUAUAUCCGUUGGUCAGUAAGGAAAUGUUUUUCGCUCAGUAUAAUGAUCAAAUUAAACCAGAGAACGUUGAGAUAUGGCACAUCUUACUAAACGCGGUAUUAGCUUUGGGUUCAUGGUGCUCUAAUUCAUGUUCAAGUCACCAUACUCUCUAUUACCAAAACGCAUUAUCAUAUUUGUCCACCGCUGUAUUGGAAACAGGGUCCACAGAUUUAACCAUAGCACUCAUACUUUUAACGCAUUAUGUUCAAAAGAUGCAUAAGCCAAACACUGCAUGGAGUCUCAUAGGACUUUGUAGCCAUAUGGCUACAUCGUUGGGAUUACACCGGGAUCUACCAAACUCAACGAUACAUGAUCAGCAACUCCGUAGAGUAUUGUGGUGGACUAUUUAUUGCACGGGAUGCGAUCUCUCAUUAGAGACUGGAAGGCCCUCAUUAUUGCCCAAUCUUCAGGCUAUUGAUAUACCAUUACCAGCUUCAUCUGCCACUAUCAAAGAACCAAGCAUAUAUUCCUCCAUCAUACAAGAAUCCCAAUGGUCUCAAAUAUUGCAACAGAAAUUGUCAAAUAACUCAUAUCAGCAAAGUGCAGGUGAAUGUCUCUCAUGGUUCGAUAGUGUUCAAGCAUUUUUAGACCACUGGCCUACUCCUAGUACCGAAGCUGAACUCAAAGCCUUAAAUGAAACUCAACUAGAUUGGCUACCAUUAGUGAAGUUCCGGCCAUACUGGAUGUUCCAUUGUUCCCUAAUAUCACUUUUCUCAGUUUUUUUUGAAGAAGAUGCCCCAACCGACAACAACGUCAUACGGUGCAAGGAGUUAUGCCUUCAACUUUCAAGCAGAAAUAUAUUUAGCGUGGCCACUUUUGUACGGAGCUAUGCAUUCAACUCACUUUCCUGUUGGUACGCGACACAUUAUCUUGUUAGAAGCGCAUUAGUGCCUCUACAUUUCGCAUCUCGGAUAUCUCCACAGCACGCCUUGUGGGAGACAGUUAAAGCGCAAUUAUUAUCAGCCCAUGAAGCGAUGGGUAUAUUGUCACAAGAAUCUUCCUUGGCCGCUAAAUUUGAUGGGAUAUUAACCAAGAAUUAUUCUGAAAUACUACAAAGAGAAGGCAUCAACAAAAGCCAACUGAUGCCACCACCAACUCCAUUGCUACAAUCAACCAGUUUCUCGGACCUACUUUCACUGUGGUCAGCAAACGCAGAAGACGCUCCGAGAGUCAGUAAUUCCCAGAUGCCUCAAUCGAUCACUAUCACGGACUCUUUGCUACAGUCAUCAACAACUCAAAUGAGACCUCCAACCACAUCUGGAUGGCCUGAUACCAACAACUUCCUGAAUCCAUCGACCCAACAGCUAUUCAACACCACAACAAUGGACGAUGUGUACAACUAUAUAUUUGAUAACGACGAGUAA